ACAUCUUCCCAUAUUGACGUCGUAGCUACAGUUUCCUAUGCCGCGUUCUGUCGGAGCUGGUACAACAAGAUCGCGUGGCGGGUGUCUACGCUGCAAAAGCCGACAUAUCAAAUGUGACGAAGCCAAACCUGAGUGCCAGGUUUGCACCAGCAACACCAUCAAAUGCCCAGGCUAUGAAAAGAAGUUCAAAUGGUCGAACAAACACGAGCGGUUGCACUCUCUUUCGGCGAAUAGAGGGGCCGCCGAAGCUCCUCAGGAUCAACCCAUUCAAACAGUUGCUCCUCCAUCGAGCAAUGAUGAAGACCCUGCAGUAUCAGCAAUCCAAACAACUGAGCCAUGCCAAAUUCCGCUUGAAAGCGAGAUCUCCGGGGCUGACGACUCCAAUUUCACCACCCUCAUGGCCAAUGUUCCUGACGUUUGGCCCGACUUUCCGGUUUUCAGCUACGAGGAUAUAAUGGAAUUUACGAGCACAAUGUCUGCAUUUCAGGGCCAAAUUUCGUCCCAUCAUCAGAAUAGGGCAGAUGUCAGGUCUAACGAGUUGAUUGUGCACCAACUGAAUGGAUCAGACUUCAGCACAGCCCAGCAAGCGCCUUUCGUUUUGCCCGAUCUCUCACCCGGAUAUACUGACCAAGAUCUGGUCCAGCAUUACUUCAGACACGUUUGCUCUCUUUUCUCCUGCUUUGAUUCUUCCAUCAAUCCGUUUCGAAACCUGGUUUCAGCUUACUGGGGCUCUUCAGAAACAAUGAACUUGUCCAUUCAGAGCAUGUCAGCAGCUCACUUAGCAAAUCACUAUCCAUCUCUGGCGCAAAUUGGCCUCCGUAAACGUUCUCAGGCUUGGAUGUCCCUUCAGAAAGAUCUACACCAGCGCAAGCCUAGAAAGGUACCCGCCGACGUCAUAUCAUUGAAUUUAAUGCUACUCGGAUUGUCAUCAUCAUGGCACAGAACAUCACGCAUUGGCGCGCAAUACAUCUAUAUUGCGCGAAACUUACUGCGACAACAAAUCGACGAAGCAGAUGAGGGAAAUACUGUCGAAUUUUUUCAGAACGGCUUGCUGUACUGGGAGAUGUUGCUGAGCUUCAUUGAUCCGGUACCCAUCGCUGCCUUGCCAGGUCGUGUCACCAUUGAACCGCCUGAAGACCCUACAAGUUUACCAGUGCCAAUAGUACCUCACCCAUGGACUGGUGUAGUCACUGAGGUGAACUUUGCUUUCGCAGAGAUUGGGAGGAUUCUCCGCCGUCAGCGUAUUCAUAAAGGGUUAUCAGCGACUGGUGUUUCCCUUUUUUCUGAUUAUGAGGUGUCGGUAAGCUUUGAUGUUGACUUCGCGACUGAAUUGGAGAAAUUCUUGCUUAGCAUCAAAAUGCCUCCUCUUGAAAAGAUUGCCGACCUACACGACAGAAGAACAUCGAAAGAGGACGUCGUUCGUGUCUCCAUGGCCUACCGCUUGGCUGGUCUGUUGGAGAUUUAUGCUGUCUUUCCGGACCUUCUACAGCAACGUGUAGAACAUGCGACUACUACUGAUGGUUUCACGUUUGGCUGUCAAAUUCCAGGGUCAUCAAUAUGCGACACUAGGGCCAAAUGUCUGUCAGACCUAGCCAACUACAUUUUAUAUCAGAUCGUUGAGCCAAUCUCUAUUCGGUCAGGUUCCAGUCGAAUGCUAUCUCUUCUGUAUGUCAUCCUUUCCAGCCACUUGCAACCUACCAAAACUCAGGAAAUGGGCGAUUUUGAAUCAGGCCAUGAGGAAGAGCACGAGGUACAACCCCGAACUCUCAUAGAAGAGCGAAUGCUAGCGCUGUCGCGAAAAUAUCCCCAACGUCCGCAGUUACAAAUGUUGGACAUCAUCAAGGAAGUUUGGCAUCGGCAAGACAAGGGAGAUAUGAAUGUCCACUGGCUCAAUGUUUUGCAGGACAAGAGCAUGCAGACAAUGAUGGGAUGA